GUUCACCCUAAAUGCAGGUCGAUUCGCCCCAUCACUUUUCGUGGGCGUGCCGAUGCGAGAGCCGCGACGGGUAAGGGCACGAAGGGAGGCCGACCAAUUUGCCCCGAUUUUGAGAAGGGAAGAUGUCAAAACAGCCGAUGCUCGCAAUUGCACAUGUGCAGCGCGUGCAGAAGUGCUGGCCAUCGUAGAGCCGAGUGUCCCAGUGCUGUGGGGGAGAAGAGGAGCAAAUGGUGUCACUGAAAUGUAUACUCGAUGCGUUUGUCUUCUGUAUGGCCAGCUCCUGUAGGCAGCCUCUGGAAUGGCCCGCAUUCUCUAUCGCUUCGUGCACUCAUACUACAUUAUCUUCUAUUCACCUCUUCGGCGAGAUUCAUAGAACAAAUUCCCCAUACGCAUGUUCAGCAUGGUGCAAACAAUAGAUUUUAUUGGGCGCUGAUGAAAGUGUGCAGCGAGCGCGCGACCGGAAGCUGCCGAACCACCAAGAUCACGCGGACAACAGUAAAUUCCCAUUCGGGGGUAAAUCAAAUGUCCUUCUUUCCCUCCGUUACCAACAAGCCUCAAGACGCUGCUAGAGGUGUACUCGCAGGGCACAUACAGUCCUCGAAGAUGGGGCACUUGAACUCUGUGGGGUAGUGCAGUAGGUAUAUGGUGUCGAGGUAAUCAUCAAGACCGCCAGUUCCGUGCUGAUUGCAGCGCUGCGACAGCCCGUCCAUGAACAGAAG